AUGGCCUGGUUGCAGCCAACCCUGUGCCGUAAGGAGCUCGAGUCUCGACAGACUUCUGGCCUGGACGCCGCCAUGAAAGCCGCCGGCAAGAAGUACUUUGGCACAGCGCUGACAGUCCGCAAUGACGCUGGAGAGACUAACGUUCUCAACACCAAGGGUGAAUUUGGGUCCAUCACUCCCGAGAACGCUAUGAAGUGGGAGGCUAUCCAGCCUAACCGUGGCCAGUUCAACUGGGGUCCGGCCGAUCAGCAUGCCAACGCGGCUACGCAGCGAGGCAUGGAGCUUCGAUGCCACACUUUAGUCUGGCACAGCCAGCUUCCCUCUUGGGUGGCUAAUGGUAACUGGAACAACCAAACUCUACAGCAGGUUAUGAAGGACCACAUCAAUGCUGUUAUGGGUCGAUACAAGGGGAAGUGCACCCACUGGGAUGUUGUCAAUGAGGCUCUCAAUGAGGACGGAACUUACCGUGACAGUGUCUUCUACCGUGUCAUCGGCGAGGCAUUCAUCCCCAUUGCUUUCCGCAUGGUUCUGGCUGCAGACCCUACCACCAAGCUCUACUACAACGACUACAACCUCGAGUAUGGUGGUGCCAAGACUGCAGGCGCUAUCCGCAUCACCAAGCUUAUCCAGUCCUACGGCCUUCGCAUCGACGGUGUUGGUCUGCAGGCUCACAUGACCAGCGAGAGCACUCCUACUCAAAGCACAGUUACUCCUUCGCGGGCGAAUUUGGCGUCCGUUCUCAACAGCUUCACCAAGCUGAAUGUCGACGUUGCCUACACUGAGCUUGACAUUCGCAUGAACACACCUGCUAACCAGCAGAAGCUUCAGGCUAAUGCUGCAGCCUACGCCAGAAUGGUAGGAUCCUGUAUGGAUGUUAAGCGAUGCGUUGGCGUUACUGUCUGGGGAAUCUCGGACAAGUAUUCCUGGGUCCCUGGUACUUUCCCUGGCGAGGGUUCUGCUCUUCUCUGGGACGACAACUUCAACAAGAAGCCGUCUUACACUUCUUCUUUGAACACUAUUCGGGCUUGUUGGAAAUGUCAUCGAUUACUGGUGAGCAUCUCGUAG